AAGAGAAAAAGAUAAAUGAAUAGUAUGGCAGAAGAGCGUAAGCUACUACUGCUAAGUUUUAUUGAAGAAGAAUAUUAAUGUACUUUGGCAACUGACCCAAACCCAAGUCUCAGACUUGGGUACCCAAACCCAAACCCAAGUCUCAGACUUGGGUACCCAAACCCAAACCCAAUACACCCAAGUCGCUUGGGUUUGGGUUUGGGUUUGUAACAUACCUAGUGAAGACAUACACAGCAGCACAUGCUUAAAGUGAUCAAAACUUUUCUAAUUUCAUAUAUAGCGAUAUAUGGCACGUGCUCAUUAACGGUCAUUUAGCCAUACUUACGAAUUUGCGCUAGCUGUCUUCUUCGUAACUGAAUUAACAUGUAUCCUCUACUUCUUAUCUAUGUUAUUAUCCCCUUUUCUCCGAUUAUAGUUAAAUCUCCUGUUUUGAAGUAAACGUAAAUCAGAAAUCAAACAGCAUGCUUUGAGUACUUUUUUAUACUUUGCUUCAUUCAAUCGAUUUCCAAACGAUAUAUUCUCACGUAUUGUACCAGCAAUAAUCCAAGUAGUUUGUGAUAUUUAAUUUGUACCUUUUAAUAGAUUCAUUUCACCUAAAACAGCUGCUAGUAACGAUGAUUUUCUGGAACCAACUGGACGCAUAAUUCCUACCAGUAGUCCAAGCUUUAACGGUUAGAAAUGUCAGUUAAUGUUUCUGGUUGAUCAAGAUUCCAUGAAUACGGCGCUGUAGUUAAUCUAUGCUUUCUGCUGGUUUCAUAUAUACGGCAUAUUCCUUAUUCUUACUGUUAUGUAUCGAUAAACUCAUAACCUCACUAUAAGUUUUGCUGAUAUGACUAUUAUUAACUCGCUGUUAGAUUCUAUCCUAACAGAGUAGUUGCGUGCUACUUCGUACGCUGGAGGUAAUCAAUUACUUAAUUAAUCUCAUAUUUCAGUCAAUCGCUUCUGUUGCUAUGUUUUAAUUUCAGUUAAAAUCGUUUCAACUCAAUUUGACGCUAGUACAAUGAAUCCACAAAUUGCAUCUAAAACUCAAAUGCCCGACGAUGGUACCGGCGAAAAAGAAAUAUAUCGUAUGGAAGAUUUUAGAAUGAUUGUUUAUCCUAAAAAUAUGUAUGGCACAUUUUUUUCUGGUGACUCCUUUGUUAUUCAAUAUACAUAUCAGCAUGACAUGAAAAAUUAUACACUAAUCUAUUACUGGCUGGGUCAACAUUGUACUCAAGAUGAACAAGGUGCUGCCGCUCUGGGAGCUAUUGAAUUAGAUAAGAAAUUGGAUGGAACAGCAACAAUUAUACGUGUGGUACAAGACAAAGAGCCGACUCAUUUCAUGGCAAUGUUUCAUGGACAUAUGAUUGUGUUCAAACAUGGUAAACGCAGUGGAUUCAGAAAUCUGCAAGAAGAUAAUGAGAACAUUGAUGAUACCUAUUUAUUGCAAGUUCGAGGGCUAAGUAAAUAUGAUACGAAAGCUGUACAGGUUGAUUUACGUGCGUCGUCGCUGAAUUCGAGCGAUUGUUUUGUUUUAUUCACAAAAACGAAUGUGUACAUCUGGUGCGGGAAAGGUUCAACUGGUGAUGAAAGAGAAAUGUCUAAAAUUGUAGCCAGGCCAAGAACAACUGAUCCGAUAAUGGUAUUCGAAGGUCAAGAAAAAGAUGAUUUUUGGAAUUAUUUCAAUGGUGGUAAAGAUGUAUAUCCGUCCGAAAAACGUUUUCAGCAACAACCACAAAUAUUUGAAAAUUAUCCGAUUCGACUGUACGAAAUAUCAAAUGCUAAUGGAAAAAUGACAGCCAUCGAAAUACCCAAUUUUACUCAGAAGUCUUUAUAUGACAACACAGAUUCAAAUAAAACUGAAAAACGUAAUGCUGAAAAAAUAGCCAUUGAUUAUCUAAAAACUGAUCCCAGUCAUCGUGAUCCAGAUAUACCAAUAAUAAAAACAAAACAAAGUCUUGAACCUCUACAUUUUACAGGAUUUUUUGGAUAUUGGGAUCGUGAAUUUUGGAAUACAAAAUCUUCUUAUGAAGCAACAAAAACAAAACUUCAUUCAGAAAAUAAUCCGGAUGUCUGUGCUGAACUUGUACGAGAAAAAACCAAAUUGAAUAAUAUAAAUCCGUUAACUGCAAAAAAAUAUUCCUAUGAUAUAUUAAUAAAAUCCGUUGAAGAAUUACCAGAAGAUGUUAAUCCAGAAUUUCGUGAGGUUCAUCUUAAUAAUGAUGAGUUUCAGAAAGUAUUUAAAAUGUCAUUUAAAGACUAUAUGUCAAAGCCAUUAUGGCGACAAAAAGAAUUGAAAAAAUUAGCUAAACUAUUUUAG